AUGUUGUGGUAUCUUGGUUUUGCCGUGCUGGCAAUAGUGCUUUACCUUCCGCUCGGACUCAAGGGCCAAUGGCCAGACGGGCCUCAGGGCAUACCGUUCAUUGGAGUCUUACCGGACAAGAAACUAACGCUCAACCAGCAGCUGAGCAGACUGGUACCUCGAUAUGGCGACUUCUUCUCAUUCAACAUGGGCCGGUCCAAAGUGAUUGUCCUCAGCAGCCCAACAGCUGUCGAGGACUUGAUCAUCAAACGAGGCCAGAAGUAUUCCUCACGUCCUUCCUCAUCGGCUCAGGCAAAGAUCGUGGCCCAGGGAAGGUUGGUCCAGAUGGAGUAUGGGGACGAAUUCAGAAAACAUCGAAAGGCCAUCCACGGUCUCCUGGGAUUGCAAAACUCGAAGAUCUUCCUACCCUAUCAGGAAUACGAAAGCCGGCAGACUCUGAAGAACAUGUUGGAAAACCCCGGUGCAUUCUACACAGAGGUCGCACGAUAUUCGGCCAGCGUCACUUUCAGUCUUUUACUCGGAGCUCGCUUCACCCGCAGCGAUACUCGGACUCCCGACGCAAUCCGCACCAUUUCGUAUGAUAUGUUUCAGAAAAUGCGUCCGGGCUACUGGAUGGCAGAUUGGAUCCCGCUCCUCAACUACCUCCCAGACAGCCUCGCACCGUGGAGGGCGAGUGCACGUAAGGUCUUCGCGAAUAUCAUUGGAUUCUGGGGCGUGUUCUACGACUCGAUUGUGGAAAGGACGAAGAAGGGCAACGCGCCAGACUGUUUCCUGAAGCGGUUCUUGGAAAGCCCUGAGAUCGACAACUUCUCGGAUGUUGAUAGGCGUAUCAUUCUCUCCGAGCUGCUGGCUGCAGGCUCCGAAACCACCGCGACCACGCUGCAAUGGUUCUUCAAGGCCGCGGUGCUCCACCCGGAAUUCGUCAAGGCGGCCCAAGAAGAGCUGGAUCGAGUGGUCGGACCCGACCGUCUUCCGCUUUGGGAGGACCGAAGCAAGCUCCCCUACAUCGCCGCGACCAUUGAAGAAGUCCACCGCUGGGCCUCUGUUGCGCCUCUGGCCUUCUACCGAGCCACGAGUGAGGCCGACAACUACCGGGGCAAGACGAUCCCCGCGAGGACUACAGUCAUCUACAAUGCCUCUGCCAUCCAUCACAACGACGAAUACUACCCCGACCACGAGAAGUUCAUGCCGGAGCGAUUCCUGUCGCCAAAAGACCCGCGAUACCUGCCGCAGCAUGCUCACGCCCCGAGCCACUAUGCAUUCGGCGUCGGGAGGCGAGAAUGCCCCGGCAAGCACGUCGCAGACGCUUCUCUUUUCAUUGUCAUCAGCCGGCUCCUGUGGGCGUUCGACAUCGCCCUGGGUGCCAACCCAUCUCCGAGUGACGAAGUUGCCGGGGCCAUCCCGAUCUUUAGACCCGUCCCCUUUGCAUGUAACAUCACCCCUAGGAGCAAGAAGGUCGCGGACAUGAUCCUCGCGGAAGCCGCGGUCCAGGACCCGAGUUUGCGAGUCGAAGACGCCGCGCAGUAUGAGCAGAGGAUCUUGACGUUCUUGGAGCAGCAGCAGGUCGGGGCGUGA